GAAGAUCAAAAGCGUGUGUGCUCAACACGACGUCGUUUCCAGCCCCCUCUCGGACAAAAACAAAGUCACAAUAAUCAUUAUACCCACCUCUCUCUGCUCCUCCAUUCUGUUCCACCUAACACCAACUCAUCCAGAUACCUUUCUUCCUCCUCUUCUCUCUCAAGGUUAAUUUUUUUUCUUUUCUAAGAGGUAGAAAUGGAGUGCUUUUUCAAAGGUGCGAAUGAGGACUUGACGCCUUCUCCGGUAGACAUUCUUCGGUGUCCAUUUUUGAGGAACAUUAAUGAGCCAACCAAUUUUUCCUUCUCCUCCAUGUCGUCCAUGGCUUUCCCGAUGCCGGUACGUGCAGCCAGCAAAGGUCCAAUUUUUGAAGAUGGUCCCAAUUUCGACAUGGCAUUUAAGCUUUUCCAUGGGAGUGAUGGAGUAGUCCCUCUUUCUGGACGAUCAUUUGAGCAUUCUGAGAAAGUUGAGCCUCAACCAGCCCCAUGCAUGUUUAAUCCAUUAGCUGCAAAGGCAGCUACUAUCAGUCUCUCAUCCUUUGGACCUGGAGGACCUUUCGGCUUUGAUGCAUUCUCUGAGAAGUGGAAGAAAAUGCAAAAGAAGUCUAAUUCCUCGAAAAAGGGUUCUUCUUCAAAGGGAGGAAACUCUAAUCACGAGGCAGCGAGUAACGAGUGGCUGCAAAGUGGAAACUGUCCGAUUGCAAAGUCAUUCCGUGCUGUUAGUGGUGUCAUUCCGCUUGUUGCAAAGGCUUUGCAGCUCCCUCCAGGCAUGAAAGUUAAGUGCCCACCGGCAAUAGUUGCAGCACGAGCAGCUCUGGCAAAAACUGCAUUUGCAAAGAACCUCCGCCCACAACCCCUGCCUGCAAAAGUUCUUGUGAUUGGAGCACUGGGAAUGGCAGCCAAUGUUCCUUUAGGGAUAUGGAGAGAGCACACCAAGAAAUUCUCUCCGUCUUGGUUUGCUGCUGUGCAUGCAGCUGUUCCAUUCAUAGCUGUACUUCGAAAGUCUGUGUUGAUGCCUAAGUCGGCUAUGGCGUUUACCAUUGCAGCAUCUAUAUUAGGACAGGUGAUUGGGUCUAGAGCAGAGCGCUACCGUCUGAAGGCAAAGGCAGCUAAAACCUUGGCUUUGACUGAAACCUCUGUUCAGAUCAAGAAGACUGAAACCUCUGUUGUUGGGAUGAAAAGCCAGUUCCAGGUGGUUGAAGCGAAAUCUGAUCAUUGCACUGAGAUUGAGGAAUGGAAUUCAGUUGCUCUGCAGGUCUCACGCCCUUCUUCAUCAACCGAUGUGUUCUGCUAAUUUGUUUGAAAUUUGAUGGCGUUGAUAUCCAUCAUUCCUUUGUGUAUCACAGGGUUGUAAUUCUCUUUACUUAGUGGAGCGGAUUCAUUUGUGCCUCUAGACACUGCCCUUGCCCUUUAAAGAAUCGAGUGAAUAAAAAUGUAUUACAAUAUGUUUUUUUAUUUA